AUGUGGCAGUGGGAAGCCCCAGAGCUCAGAUGGACUGGGUUCUUUCUGGCCUUGUGGAUCCUUCAGGAUUUUGUUAUAUCCGCAUGUAUCUUCCUCGACACGUUGCCGGGCUGGAGUCAUAACCCAGCUGCCGGAGAACCGAGAGCAGGGGUUCCCGACGUUGUGAGGUCAGAUGGCGGCGUGGAUACCAUAUGUCGAUGGAUAGCAAUAUAUCCUACUACUCAUCACCACCGCCACAGAAGGCCACAACUUGGCCUGCGCAGUGAGCGUUGCCACACAAUGAUAUCAUGA